AUCAGAAUGAAGCUCGUUAGAUAUCUCCCUUUUUUACAAUACUCAAUCAUCUUUGUGUACCUAAUGCCCCGUGCUUGGUAUCAUUGAGGUACAAUCGGAGCAAAAGUACAAGACAACCGCAAGUCCCGAGUGAUGUAUAAUACGCCAAGUAAGCCCUGAUUCGGACCCCGAGUCCGACCCCAUGUAUCUUUACCUACUGAGACGAUCUGUACUUUUCAACAGCCAAUGUCUUAUGAUCUCGGUAUCGGGAAUCCUGAGCAGUGAUAUUCGUGUAGCGGAACAUUAAAGCCUCUUUUAAAGUGAUGGAUCUUUCGCGUAGCAAUUUCAGACACCAUCAUGUAACACUUCUUUUACCGAUCCUUCAAUUCACAAUAAGAGGCUAUCAUGACAGUUACCAAAGUCCGCGUACCUCUCACCCCAUUCGACCACUGCGUUCCUCGCGCUUACUAUAAUGGGGCUAUUUAUCUACCGCUCAACGCUGGUAUUACACCUGCCCGGGCGUUCGAUCUUCUGCACCAGGGGCUGCAUGACACGUUCCUCAUGCUACCUUGGCUAAAUGGGCAAGUGCAUUUCCAAUCGCCUGGUUCCCUCGGUUGGCGACCCGGGCAGCUUGAACUGAGUUAUGAACCUAUUCGAGAGGACAGCCCACGUCCUGCCCAGCUGAGGUUCAAGGAGUUGCAGACGGACCUCGACUACACAGAGCUUCAAGAACUCGGAUUUCCUCUUGAUUGCUUCCGUGAUGGUGACAUCGCGCCCACUGGCUUUUUUUCUGACCCCAGUACCGGUCCAGAUGUUUUUGUCGGCCAAGCCAACUUCCUGCCCGGAGGAUGCAUCGUGGUGUCUGCCAUUCAUCACGCCGCCAGUGACGAAACAGCAUUCUUUCAUUUUCUGCGUUUAUGGGCUGACCAUUGCGCAAGCCUCCAGACUCAUUGCAGCCCGCCGUCCAAUCUUCCUGCUAGUAGCGAUGAUAGACAAAUUUUGCGGCAGAUAUGGAAACGCGAGGCCCUUGUUUCCUCAACUGAAGACAUAGAUCCAGAAACCUGGCGAUUGGUUGGCUUGCUGCCUACAGAUAUCAAGCAAACCGGCGCACUUCCCAACCCUGCAUCAACGCCUCAUGCGCUGCCUUCCAGUAAGUGCGAACAGACAUUGAAGGCUGGCGUAUUUUACAUUCCGCCUGCACGUUUAACAGUCCUCCGCGACUUGAUUGCACAAGAACUUGGCGUGGCCAGUGGUGUCUCCGCAAACGACGCUGUCUGCGCACUCAUCUGGCGAUGUUUUAUGAAAGUACGCGUAACAGUAAGGCAGAGGAACAACUCUGAAGUCGAAACCAAUCAGAAACAAGCAGAGUCAGGCUUGAAUAUGGUUUGCGACGGUCGAGCCAAUUACUCAUCGACGUUGCCACAAACCUACCUCGGAAAUAUAACGUUCAAUGUACAAUCGAGCAUACCGCUAUCGACUUUGAUCGCGCCUGGGAGCAGCUUAGGCAUGAUUGCGGGCACCCUACGCCGCAAUGCAGGAAGGAUUGACGCAGAAAAUUUACAAAAUUUAUUCAACUUGCUAGACCACCUACCAAGUUACGAUGAGUUGAUCCGGCUGAAACGAUUGCGUACCUCGACAAUUGAUGGCAAUAACAUGUCCAUUUCCUCGCUGCUCAAUGUUCCUAUGGAUAGUGUGUGCUUCGGAGACGGGCCAGUAUUUGGUAAUAAAGGGUAUGUGGAGUCGGCACGUCUAUUGAUGGAGGCCAACAACAGCUUUACACGAACAUGUAUCAUUUUACCGCGAAACAAAAACGGAGGCGUGGAGUUUCUUGCUAAUCUGUACGAAGAAGAGGUGAAGUUGCUGAUGGCGGAUGAUGAGUUCACGAAGCAUGCAUUUUGCCUGUGUUGGCCAGGGAUGUAAAAGAACGAUGAUUUGUAGUGUCCACUACAAUAUAGCUGAUCACUUUGUUACCGAGGC